UAAACCCACCUAGCAGCUCCUGGAAGAAAGGCCUGGCAAACUGCUUCCAUAAACAUCACAGUCAACAAAACCAUGUGGAGUAGUUUUACUCCGUAAGACAUGGAGUUGCCAUGAGUUAGAGUCAAAUGGACGGUUUUUUGAGGGGAGGUUCAAAACUCAGUUUGUCUACAUGGUCACUGUGGUGGGGAACCUGGGCAUGAUUGUGAUCAUCAGGAUCAACCCCAAACGCCACACCCCCAUGUUCUUUUUCCUCAGUCACUUGUCUUUUGUUGAUUUCUGCUACUCCACUAUAGUUACACCCAAACUAUUAGAAAACUUGGUUGUGGGAGACAGAACCAUCUCCUUCACAGAGUGCAUCAUGCAGUUCUUCUUGGCUUGUAUAUUUGCAGUUGCAGAAACAUUCAUGUUGGCAGUGAUGGCCUAUGACCGUUUUGUGGCAGUUUGUAACCCCCUGCUUUACACCGUCGUCAUGUCCCAAAAGCUCUGGGCAUCAUUAGUCGGUGGGCCCUAUGCAUGGGGUGUAGUUGCUUCCCUGACACUCACUUAUUUUCUCCUGACAUUAUCCUUUUGUGGCUCUACCAUCAUAAAUAACUUUGUCUGUGAGCACUCGGUUAUUGUUUCUGUCUCCUGCUCUGAUCCCUGUAUCAUCCAGGUGCUUUGUUUUCUCUUUGCCAUAUUCAAUGAGGUCAGCAACCUGGUGAUUAUCUUUGCUACACUUUUCAUUUCUGUAACUGUCAUAAAAAUGCCUUCCAAUGGGGGGCGCCAAAAAAUCUUCUCCACCUAUGCCUCCCACUUGACCGCCAUCGCCAUUUUCCAUGAGACUGUCCUGUUCCUCUAUUGUGUACCCCACUCCAAAACCUCAUGGCUCAUAGUCAAAGUAGAAUCUGUGUUUUAUACAGUGGUCAUCCCCAUGCCGAACCCCCUGAUCUACAAACAAAGAUGUGAAGGAAACUGUCAGAAAGUUCAUGAGCCACCUAACACAAUCUUGAAGAUUUAUGUAUUUUUCUGGAAAGAGUUUGCUUUAUGAUGUUAAAAAUCAUUCAAUGUUUCUAGAAGAGAUGGUAAUUCAAAUUAUUUAGUCAAUUUACCCAUCUGAUUUUUUAAAUCUAUUGCAGCAUACCAGUUAUCUAAUAAUUUGAUUUUUAGUCAUUUCAAUCUUUACUAAAAUAGGUUUGAAUCAUACGUGAAGUGAAUCAAGCAUAGUGGAUUGAAUAGCAUCUCCCCCCAAAAUACUCAUACCCACCUAGAACUUCAGAAUAUAACCUUUUUGGAGACAGAUUCUUUGCAGACGUAGUUAAGGAUUAACAUAAAUUCAUAUUUUCUUAACACUAAAACCCAUUGCCUCAGAAUUAAUUUCCACUCAAAGAGACCUUAUAGGACAGAGUAGAGCUACCCCAUAGGAAUUCCAAGGCUGUAAUCUUUAUGGAAGCUGACUGCCACAUCUUUUUCCUGUGGAGCAGCUGGUGGGUUUGAACAGCCACCUUUAGGUUAGCAGCCAAAUUCUUAACCACUGUGCCACCAGGA